CUCCAGGGAGGAAUCGCGGUCCACCUGGCGCGGGCCGAGAGCGGCCUCCGCCAGCUCUCGGCGGAACUUUCCUGUCGACGGGGUGUGUUCCCGUCCGGGCGGCCUGGCGCGCGGGCCGGGAGGGGGACGCUUUUUGGCGCGGACCGCAAGCGGAGGCUGCGAGCGCCGCCGCCUGAGAAGACCCGAGCUCGGUCCCAGACAGUCCGCGGCGCCCGGGCCUGGCCGGCUGCUUCCCGCCCGGGCCGCCGCCUCCGCCUGCGCCCCCGCCGCCGCAGACGCCGCCGAGGCGGGCGCAGCGGAACGCGAGGUCGCUGGGCCCUGCCUGGCCCUGCGCGGCCCAGAGCCGCGGCGCGGAGGAGACACUGUCAAGUGCGGGACUUCUUUGUGUUGUGCCACGUCAAGUGCUCAUCGUGUUGCUGGGUCGUGUCGCGUGAGCCUGUGCAGCACCUGAAGUGCAGGUGUCACCCAGGUGAGGAGCAGGACCCCGGUAGUGGACCAUGAGUCGGUAAUGCCCACUGAGGACCUCUGGGAGCCAUGUCAGACGAAUCCGCCUCAGGGAGCGAUCCAGACCUGGACCCGGACGUGGAGCUGGAGGAUGCGGAAGAGGAGGAGGAGGAGGAGGAGGUGGCAGUGGAGGAGCCCAGCAGGGAUGAUGAGGAGGACCUGCUGGAUGACCCGUCCCUGGAAGACAUGUGUGGCACGGAGUGUGUCCCUCUGGGGGAAGAUGGGCAGCGGCCACCACGGUGCACUUCAACUACCUCAUCUCAGUCUGAGCCUUCAGAGCAGCUUAGGCACCACCAAGGCCAGAGCCUGGCCUCCGAGGACCCCAAAAGGAAGAGGGCUCAGAAGCCCUCCCACAUGAGGAGAAACAUACGAAAGCUGCUCCGGGAGGAUCAGUUGGAGCCAGUUACCAAAGCAGCACAACAGGAAGAGCUGGAAAGAAGGAAGCGCCUGGAGCAGCAGAGGAAGGACUACGCAGCUCCCAUUCCCACGGUUCCCCUGGAGUUUCUCCCCGAGGAAAUCGUCUUAAGAGCAAGUGAUGGUCCGCAGCUGCCUCCUCAGGUCUUGGCCCAGGAAGUCAUUUGUUUGGACAGUAGCAGUGGCAGCGAGGAUGAAAAAAGCAGUCGAGAUGAGGUGAUUGAGCUGAGCUCUGGGGAGGAGGACACCCUGCACAUUGUGGACAGCAGUGAGUCUGUCAGUGAGGAGGACGAGGAAGAGGAGAAGGGUGGCACCCAUGUGAACGACGUCCUAAACCAGCGCGAUGCUCUGGGGCGAGUGCUCGUGAACCUGAACCACCCCCCGGAGGAGGAGAAUGUUUUUCUGGCCCCGCAGUUGGCUCGGGCAGUGAAACCUCAUCAGAUUGGAGGGAUCCGGUUCCUGUAUGAUAACCUGGUCGAGUCCUUGGAGAGGUUUAAGACCAGCAGUGGCUUUGGCUGUAUCCUGGCUCACAGCAUGGGUCUGGGAAAAACCUUGCAAGUGAUCUCCUUCGUUGACGUCCUCUUCCGCCACACGCCAGCCAAAACGGUCCUUGCCAUUGUGCCGGUCAAUACUCUUCAGAAUUGGCUGGCAGAGUUCAACAUGUGGCUCCCAGCCCCUGAAGCCCUGCCGGCUGACAACAAGCCUGAAGAGGUCCAGCCUCGGCUCUUUAAGGUUCACAUCCUGAACGAUGAGCACAAGACAAUGGCAGCUCGUGCUAAAGUGAUGGCUGAUUGGGUGUCAGAGGGUGGGGUGCUGCUGAUGGGGUACGAAAUGUACAGACUCCUCACCCUGAAGAAAUCCUUUGCCACAGGUAGACCGAAGAAAACCAAGAAACGUUCUCACCCGGUCAUCAUUGAUCUGGAUGAGGAAGAUCGACAGCAGGAGUUUCGGAGAGAGUUUGAGAAGGCCCUGUGCCGCCCUGGCCCUGACGUGGUGAUCUGUGACGAGGGACACCGCAUCAAAAACUGCCAGGCCAGCACCUCCCAGGCCCUGAAGAACAUUCGCUCUCGCCGCCGGGUGGUGCUGACCGGGUACCCCCUGCAGAACAACCUCCUUGAGUAUUGGUGCAUGGUGGACUUCGUGCGCCCCGACUUCCUCGGCACUCGGCAGGAGUUCAGCAACAUGUUCGAGCGCCCCAUCCUGAACGGGCAGUGCAUUGACAGCACGCCGCAGGACGUCCGCCUCAUGCGGUACCGGAGCCACGUCCUGCACAGCCUCCUGGAGGGCUUCGUGCAGCGGCGAGGCCACACUGUGCUGAAGAUUCACCUCCCUGCCAAGGAAGAAAAUGUGAUCCUGGUACGGCUCUCCAAGAUCCAGCGAGACUUGUACACUCAGUUCAUGGACCGCUUCCGGGACUGUGGCAGCAGCGGCUGGCUGGGGCUGAACCCCCUCAAGGCUUUCUGUGUGUGCUGCAAGAUCUGGAAUCACCCCGACGUGCUGUAUGAAGCCCUUCAGAAGGAGAACCUGGCCAAUGAGCAGGACCUGGACGUGGAAGAGCUUGGCUCCACGGGGGCCAGUGCCCGCUGCCCAUCACAAGGAACAAAAGUCAAGGGGGAGGACAGUGCCCUGGGCUCUGCAGUGGGAGAGGCCACCAAUACCAAGUUCCUCCAAGGGGUGGGCUUCAACCCUUUCCAGGAGCGAGGCAACAACAUUGUCACGUACGAGUGGGCCAAGGACCUUUUGACUAAUUACCAGACUGGAGUCCUGGAGAACUCUCCCAAGAUGGUACUGCUUUUCCAUCUGAUUGAGGAAAGUGUGAAGCUUGGGGACAAGAUCCUCGUGUUCAGCCAGAGCCUUUCCACCUUGGCUCUCAUCGAGGAGUUCCUAGGGAAACGGGAAGUGCCCUGUCCACCUGGUGCUGAGGGUCAAGGCGCACAGAAGUGGGCUCGAAACAUCAGCUACUUCCGGCUGGAUGGUAGCACCCCUGCCUUCGAGAGGGAGCGGCUCAUUAAUCAGUUCAAUGAUCCCAGCAACCUCACCACCUGGCUCUUCCUUCUCUCCACAAGGGCCGGGUGCCUGGGCGUGAAUCUGAUCGGCGCCAACCGAGUGGUGGUGUUUGAUGCUUCCUGGAACCCUUGCCAUGAUGCGCAGGCCGUGUGUCGGGUGUACCGUUACGGCCAGAAAAAGCCCUGUCACAUCUACCGCCUUGUGGCCGACUUCACCCUUGAAAAGAAGAUCUAUGACCGUCAGAUUUCCAAGCAGGGCAUGUCAGAUCGGGUGGUAGACGAUCUCAAUCCAAUGCUGAACUUCACCAGGAAGGAGGUAGAGAAUCUACUGCACUUUGUUGAGAAGGAGCCAGCUCCCCAAACAUCUUUAAACACAAAGGGGAUCAAGGAGCCAGUCCUGCAGCUUGCCUGUCUGAAGUACCCUCACCUCAUCACCAAGGAGCCUUUUGAGCACGAGUCAUUGCUCCUUAACCGAAAGGAUCACAAGCUGACCAAGGCGGAGAAGAAGGCAGCGAAGAAAAGCUAUGAGGAGGACAAACGCACAUCUGUCCCCUACACCCGCCCCUCGUACGCUCAGUAUUACCCCGCCAGCGACCAGAGCCUGACCAGCAUCCCUGCCUUCAGUCAGAGAAGCUGGCAGCCGACCCUGAAGGGUGACGAGAAGCCUGUGGCCAGUGUUCGUCCCGUGCAGUCCACCCCCAUCCCCAUGAUGCCCCGGCACGUCCCACUGGGAGGCGGCGUCAGCUGCGCCUCUGGCACAAACCCAGCUAUGAACUUCCCCAUCAACUACCUGCAGCGUGCUGGGGUCCUGGUGCAGAAGGUGGUCACCACCACAGAUAUUGUUAUUCCUGGACUCAACAGCUCCACAGACGUGCAGGCCAGAAUCCAUGCUGGGGAGAGCAUCCACAUCAUCCGUGGGACGAAAGGGACGUACAUCCGCACCAGCGACGGGCGGAUCUUUGCUGUCCGAGCCACUGGCAAACCCAAGGCUCCUGAAGACGGUCGGGUGGCGGCCUCAGGUUCCCAGGGGCCUUCUCUCGAGUCUACAAGCAAUGGCAGACACAGUGCCUCAUCACCCAAAGCCCCGGACCCCGAGGGGCUGGCCAGGCCCGUCUCUCCAGACAGCCCGGAGAUCCUCAGUGAGCUCCAGCAGUACGCAGAUGUGGCUGCUGCCCGGGAGUCCCACCAGGGCUCCCCGAGCUCCAACGCCGCCUUGCCUGGCCCCCCGGCCCCACUGGUGGACGGCAGUACUGUGCCUGGGACUGCUCUGGGGACCGAGCCUCGACAUGGGGGGCAUUGCCUCAAUAGUUCCCUCUUGGUGACCAGAGAGCCCUGUGGUGAAAGGCACCCAGUGUUGGACUUAAGGGGCCACAAGCGAAAGUUGGUCACACCACCUGCUGCCCAGGAGUCAGCCCGCCGGCGGUCCAGGAAGGGCCAUCUGCCAGCCCCCAUGCAGCCGUACGAACACGGGUACCCAGUGUCGGGCGGGUUUGCCAUGCCGCCCGUCUCCUUAAACCACGACCUCGCCCCGCCCUUCACUUCCCAGGCCGGGGAGAACUCGCUGCUUAUGGGCAGUGCCCCCUCUUACUACCAGCUGUCCAAUUUGCUGGCAGACGCCCGCCUGGUGUUUCCAGUGACUACUGACCCCCUGGUGCAAACAGGCCCCGUCAGUUCCUCUUCCACGGCUACCUCAGUCACUGCCAGCAACCCCUCCUUCAUGCUCAACGCCCCCGUUCCAGGGAUGCUCCCCAGCUACUCACUCCCGUUCUCGCAGCCACUCCUGUCCGAGCCGAGGAUGUUCGCGCCUUUCCCUUCCCCUGUCCUGCCCAACGACCUCUCCCGGGGCGUGUCUGUCUACCCAGGCUACGUGUCCUCACACACAGGCUACCCAGCGGGCGGGCUCCUCCCGUCCCGGGUGCCUCCAUUUGACUCUCAUGAGGUUGCUGAGGUGGGGUUCAGCUCCAAUGACGAUGAGGACAAGGACGAUGAUGUGAUAGAGGUCACCGGGAAAUAGCUGGGGAGCCCCUCUGCACCUCACUCGGGCCCCCAACAGGUACCCACCAGCUGGAAGGCAGUGAUCUGGGCUUUCUGAGAAGAGGGUGCUUGGCAGGAGGGAGCGGGAAGGGGACAAAGAAGGCGGCUGAGCGCAGUGGCAGAGCUCUGGUGCAGUUUGACAGAAGAGGCGACAACCCCAGUGGCACAGCAGCAGCGGGGAGUCAGGGACCCAAACAAGGACCUCGGGGCCGGGCGGCCUGCCUCUCCUCCGCUGCCUGCCUUGCUUAGCCGUCUGCUCGCUUGCUUGCCUGCCUGUCAGAGUGUAGAUGCUCACGUCCCGUUUCUGUUUUUGGGAACAUCCCCUCCCAAGAGACCUGCCUUACCUGGUGACUUAGCUUGGCCUGGGGAGGGGAGGGGAGAGGGGCGGAGGGUAAGGAAGGAGGGUGGGCAGGGAGAGCCGACCGAGAUUCCGUGGGAAGUGGAGUCCUCUUAGGGGUGGGAAAGAAGCAGACCGGGUGUGUGUGCUCAUGCGUGUGUGUUCAUAUGUGUGCGUGUGUGUACGUAACAGCAGGGGCAAAGGGGGGAGGGAGGGAGGGAGGGAAGGAUGGAUGGAUAAGGGGAAACUAAAAAUGAAUUUAUCGCUUUAAAAAUGGAAAUCAGAGUGUGGUGGUUCCAGGCAACUCUUAGUGUAAACAUCCAGGUGAGCCCAGGAGAAGAGCCGUGGAAACGACCAGCUUCCUUCCAGCUGGGCGAGACAGGCCUGAAAACCAUGUCCCAGGUUUUCAGAGGCACGUUCACCGUAGAAUUCGGGGGAAGUGGUGAAAGAAAGUGGGCGUCAGCAAUCUCCACCUCCUCCCCCGGCUGUCUCGGAGCUGGACCCCCUUCCAGGCCGUGAGACACUGGUGCAGGCUGGGCAGAAGGGGCCCCGCACGGCGUGAGUGAGACCACGGCAGUGCCGCAAAAAGACAUGCUUCUCAAGGAUGAGGCUGAGCCCCCAAUUGCCUGUCCUGGUGGCCUUUCCUGUCCUGUCCUUCCCUGUUAGGGAGCUCCAUGUUAAUUUAUUUCUUACGGGCAAUUAUUUAUUACUUGGACUUUUUCAUGUGUCUUUUUUUUUUAGGUGGGGGGUUGGGGUAGGGAAUUAGGUAGGAGAUGGGAAGGGCCGUUUGAAGGUAGUCCAGACCCCCUAGCUGCUGGUGUGUAAAUCCCCGUGGGUGGCGAGCUGACUGAGGCGGGAGUACGAGGCUUGACAAGAGCCUGCCCUGAACAGCUGUGUCCAGGAAACGGCCUUUCAGGAAAGCCAGGGAGCCUGUGACGACCUGGAGAAUGGGCGGGUGUGAGACUCGUGCCACAGAGCCCGGAACUGGGGGUCACGGAGUUUGCUAUUAGAAAGUAAGUAGUCACCCCAAGUUUGGAGCUGAGUCCUCCUUCGACGACCUUAGAGGCAGGCUCUCUGUGUCGUGUACAGGUGGCUGCUGUGUUGAUGGGACAAACCAUUGAUUUCCUAUUGGGCCUAUCAGAUGACUGGUGUGGACCCAAUGUCUGCUACCUUCUCCCAUUUUGAAGGAACAUGGAGGAUCCCUUCCUCUAUAGGAGCCUUAAGUCUGGCUUUUGUCUUAAAAGAACACAGCAGCCAUUCUGGAUCUAGCCCCUCUCGAUGCCAGUGCCAGGGAAGGGGGCAUCUAACACUGGCUGCCUCUUGAUUCCCCGCCUGCCCUCCACCCCGACAACCGAAACUCUGCAGGGAGGCAUUGCUUGGUGAUGCACUAACCUUGUCUGUCUGCAGAGCUUCGCUGCCCACCUGUGAGUCCCACUCACUGGGCAGCUGCUGCCCCUGCGUCUUCCCAGCCCUGAAGGAGGCUUAGGUUGCCGCUCACAGUAGCUGCUUCUGCGACCUUUCCACCAGCUCCUGGUCAUUGCUGGAGGGCUUUACACACUCUGGGUGUGGUCCCCAGGGAAGAGACCAGGAGGUGGCCAUCGGGGCUAUGUGCUUGUGUGCGUGUGUGUGCGCGUGCUGCCCAGUCACUGGAAGUGGGACUUAACGGCGCUUUUUCCUCUGUUUCCAUGAGCACCCUGUCAGACUCUUAAUUCUCCUCUUCAUAGAAGCCUUAGAUCUACAACUUAGCUAUGCAAAUUACUUUGAUAAUUUAAAAAUAGCCGUUCCAACCAGUGCUUUCUCUUUCAGAUGCAGCCCAAGAUUGGAUGGUGAAGGGACUCGGUUGGCGUGGGCUUUCAGGGUGAGGCUGGUGCUGUAGCAGCGAGCUAGGCUGGGUCUCCAGCAUACAGAGCUCACUUGCCGCCUGGGCUACAGCAGACGCCUCCAAGGCCCCGGAGCACUGGGGUCCCAGGCGCCUGUGUGCACUCGUGCACGUGCGUGUGUGCACGUGUGAUUGGGGAAGGAGGGGUAUUUCUGUGUGCACCUCUAGACAAUCUCAGCAGCAGGCUCUGAGAAUCCGGACCAGCAUGGAAUUGAAACCAGUCACCAGAGGGAUAGGCUUUGAAAGACACCAGGAAGUGGAUGGGCAUUCUGAGGGCAGCGCACGCCUGCUCUCGGUGUGGUGAUGCCAGGAGCUGGGUCUUGCUUUGACUUGGGAGAGGCCGUAGUGUGGGAGGCAGAGAAGGCUCCAGGUGAUGUGUGCAGCUCCACUCUAGGCAGGUGGGGGUAGGAUCUGGGAAAAUCGGAGUGCCAUCAGUUCUGGGGUUCCAUGUUGUUCUUUAAGGAACAUGGAAACCCUUCCCUAACUUCUCUGCUGUCUCUGCCUGUGUGCAGGUAGGUAGUGCAUGUAUGCACCGGACCAGGGCCUUUGCGGGAGGGGCAGGAAGUGUCUCCCAGCCCAAGAACCCUAUUCGAAGGGCCUUUGGUCAGAAGGACUUGGUAGUGGCUUCCUGCAGCCCCCCAGGCCCACAUGAGGGCAGGACAGUGGUGCAAGGCGAUGGAAGGAGAUCAGGCCUGGGUAUUUCCCCCACAUCUUCCACAGAAAGUUUUCAAAGGCUUCUCAAGCCCCAUCUGACUGGUGUAGCCUAAAUCCUCAGCCUAGGGAACAUAGUACAACUUAAUAAUUCAGGAUUACCAUUUGUAGUGAUGUUUGAUUUCCUUUUCUUAGUAUCUUUGUGGAUAAAAAUUAGACAGAGUAGCCACUUAAGCAAGGAAGUGAGUGAACCAAGUUGGAUCAGAUCUGUUUCUCCAGACUGGGUAUUUGCUAGUUCUCACCCUCUGGGGUUGUGCAUAGGUCUCUCUCUGAUCAUCUCCUGACUUCAGGAUAACUCCCGCUGCACCUGGGACUGUCUUCCCUAGACGUUAGUUAUGAAAUUCAUAUGGCGUGAUCCAUGACUAAAUAUGGAAUUCCCCACUCCAGGGCCCGAAGCAAAGCAAGGGUGAGGUUUCGCAGAUAGAUUGAAACACUCAACCAAACUUGAGCCAUCCGGGCGGGCUGGUCACUCCCAAAGCUGUCAGCAGAGCGAGGUCCUCUGCUUCAGUCUGUGUGAGCCUGGUGCUGCUCUGGAACUGAGUCCUCAUCCCAUGUGGACGGUCUUCUGGGGGCUUUACAUUCCUCCUUCUGUGUUCCUGGCCAUGACCCCAUCCCUCCUGUUUCCUACUCCCCUAUGACUCCUCAGAAGACCAGUCUGUCACUUCUGAGCCAUGGCCACCUAUACACCCAGCUGAGUGGCUCUUCUCCAACCCAAACUCCUGAGAGAGAAGUUCCUGUCCCCAGUGGACCCCCAGGAGACUUCCUGGCCCUCUGCCGACUUCCCAGGGAACCCAUACCCCAAGGCCUGUCUGAGAAUGCUUCACUCUCCAUUUGUCACCCAGACUCCAUUCCCUUCCUAUUGACGCUUUUCUUCCUCCCUGUGUAUUCCACUGUCACCUCUUCAUGUCUGUCUGUGCCACUAGCUUGGCCCUGGGCCUUUUAUGAAUACCCACGUCUUACGAUGAACUUCCUAAGCAGGCAGCAUCUAACUUCUUUGCUCUUCAGGGACCUGAGUCUGCCGCUUUCCUCUCUGGUGGGCCUGUUGCUCUGGUAACCUGGUGCCCUGGGGAGAGGUGGCCAAGCAGGCUGCAGAGUCUGUAGGGCAGAGGCCGGGGGAGAUGUGGGUGCUCUCUGUUACCACUACUGGGGUAAUGUGUGGAAGAGGGGGGACCUCAUACUGUGACCUGAUCCAGGACCCUCCCCUGGAAGAGAGCUCAGCCCAGGUGUGUGUGUGCAUGCACAUGCACAUGCCUGCUCAUGUGCACAUGAGUGUAAACUUACUGUUGUCUGGUUGUGUUACUCAGGGUGGGUUGAGGACUCACCAGAAGAAUCCCCUUAGCCUGCUCAAGACUGGUUUUUCCCUGUACCCUCUCCAGGGGGGUCAGGGAAAGGGGGUCUGGGUGGGUUGAGGGGUCGCAGUGGAUAACCACUAAGGCCACAUUGCUGCCAGAGGAAUAGGGGGAGAUGAGGUGGCCCCAGGGACCUGGCACCUGGCUUCGGUUUUCCGUCUUCUUUCCUCAGGACGCCCCCUGAGGCCUGGGACCUGCACCUGGCUUUGAGGAGCACUGGUGGCUGGUGCUCCAGCUGCUGGUGUGGUCAGGGCUUCCCUCCUCUCUCAGCAGGGCAGGUGCUCCUGCCCCAGAGACUGGGCAACUGGCUGUUUCUAUGACGUAUUUAUUUUUACUUGUGUUUCAUGUCACUUUUUUAAAAAAAGCAAACAGAACAAUUGUAAGUCAGUAUAACUGCCUAUCAGUUUUCUUUAUUUCUCUUUUUGUAAAAUAAAAUUUAAACUCAAGAAGGCAGUGUUGUUUGA